GAGCGGCCCAAAGUGGCAAGGAGCCAGCAAAUAUGUCGUCACGUCACAGCUCCAACUGAGUUGGCCCAAAAAAAAAAAAAAAAAAAAAGUGGCGAGAAAGCCCGACGUGGGGCGUUAUCGAGACAUCGAAACGCUUUUAAGUCGGCUUGACGUUCCCGAUAUUUUCUAUUCGGAGGGGUGGGGGGAAACCGCCGAAAAGCCGCCUUAGCUGGGAAGCUCCGGAGAAGAAGUCGCGUCGCAGUUCGGUUCUCGGUUCUCGGUUCAGGGUUCACGUUUCACACAGCCAUGAGCGCGGCCGGAGACUUUGGGAACCCACUGAGGAAAUUCAAAUUGGUCUUCCUCGGGGAACAAAGCGUGGGAAAGACCUCGCUGAUCACCAGGUUUAUGUACGACAGCUUCGACAACACUUACCAGGCCACAAUCGGAAUCGAUUUCCUGUCCAAAACCAUGUACCUCGAAGACAGAACCAUAAGGUUGCAGUUGUGGGACACGGCAGGCCAAGAGCGAUUCCGUAGCCUCAUUCCGAGUUACAUCAGAGACUCCGCCGCCGCCGUCGUAGUGUAUGACAUCACGAACGUCAACUCCUUCCAGCAAACCACCAAAUGGAUCGACGACGUGAGAACCGAGCGGGGAAGCGACGUCAUUAUCAUGCUGGUGGGCAACAAGACGGACCUUGCGGACAAAAGGCAAGUAUCAAUUGAGGAGGGGGAGCGGAAAGCCAAAGAACUAAAUGUAAUGUUUAUUGAGACUAGUGCGAAAGCCGGCUACAACGUCAAGCAGCUCUUCCGCCGCGUGGCCGCCGCCCUGCCAGGCAUGGACGGCGCACAGGACAAGAAUAGAGAGGACAUGAUCGACAUCAAGCUGGAGAAGCCGCCCGAGCAGCCCGCCAGCGAGGGCGGUUGCGCCUGCUAGGGGCCGCGCAUCCCCCGCCCGGGAAAGGGGACAAAAAAAUCCCCUCCGCGUCCGUCCAUUUCGUUGCAUCCGCCCGACUUGCCAACUCCGAGGAGACGGGAGAGCCGCGUGAAACGUCUCGGAUCCAUAUUUGCGCCGCUGCAGACUUUUUCCACCGCCUGAGCUCGCUGAGCCGCCGGCGGUGUCCUUUCCCUUCCGAUGAGACGCGGCGGCGCUAGUUAGAGUAAACGUUACUUUUGCCAGCAAACGGGUGUCGAGGCAUCCAAUGGAGUUAGCGUGUUGAAUGAAUAAAGAGCAUCGCAUGGCGUUCACACCAUCAAGUGCAAUGGGGACGCGUUCCAAUCACUUUGCCAGGAUUCUUUUGUCAUUUGCGUUCUCGACAAACUACUCUUACGCGAGGCGGGAAUGGCUGCGCUCGGAGCAAAUCGGCGCCUAAACGGGCGUGACGUGUCAAGCCAAACUUUGUCAGCAAGCUCCUGAGAAUGCAAACAAUUCAUUGUCAAGAAGAGAAGAAAAAACAAACAAACAAAAUGCUUCCCUUCACCUUUGCCCGUCCUCGCGCAUACUUUAGAUUUUUUUUCCUCUUGGCAUCCUGUUUUUAGCCUUUUUAUUUGGCUAGAUUUUGUUGUCUUAUUUUAGAAGUAUGCGAUUUUUUUUUUUUUUUUUUUAGAUAUGAUUUUCUCAUAUGCAAAAACCAGCGUAAUCAUGAGACGUGGAGAUACAGUGUGCAUUUUAAAGUUGAACAAAAGAAGGCUUCUGUUCUAGUUUGAUUGGGUCACUUGUUUUUAUUUGGGUGUUGAUCUUUUUGUUAGUUAUUUAACCCGCAGCAACUGGUUAUAUUUAUUUGUACUGGAGUGAUUUUUUUUUUUUUUUUUUUAAAAGAUUUUUAGGACUUCAUUUUUUCAUCAUCUCAGUGAGUCGCUAACAAAAUCUAGCCCCUCGUCAACAGAUAAAAAUGUCUGGGGAAGCAUGUUCCGUCUUGGUAAAUCAAACCAUUUUCAUUGCAGUUUUCGUUUGUGUCAACUUCUGGAAGAGGUUGUAGACUGUAGUUUGUGUUUGAAAUUAAUUUCAAUGAAAAAUAAAAUCAAAUCAGAUUUUUUGCUGCUGC